GAGAGAGUAUAGAGAGAGAAAGGGGCCGGAGUGGUCGACGGGCGCCGUGUUUAAAAUCGUCGUCUCUUAAUUCGCUCGCACCGGUUACUAGUCCAGUACCACGCCACUGCUGUCCGCCCGCUGCCGCCGCUGGCUCUCGACGAGCAGCAAGCAGCCAAGAUCAGUAGGCUGGCGAGGGUGGUCAAACCGUCCGUUUCCUUGCGGAAGGAUGGCCGAGGGAUGAGCGCGGGCUAUACAAGGAAACAAGCUGCAAGGAUUGCCCAAACACCAAGAUUUCGCCAAAUAUUUCCCGUUUUGCGCCGCUGAUCUUCGAGUCGGGGCGUUACUACUCCGCCGGUGUAUAAAUAUAGGAGCCUGCCGGGGAGCUAGGCCACAGCACAGUGCGAAGAUCUCUCCUCCCUUUCUUCCUCCUCUUCUUCUUCCCGUAGUUCGGGAGAGGUUGGUGGCCAUGGAUUUCGGGGAUGACCAGGAGGGCGGCUCCGAGAGCCAGCAGCAGCAGCAGCAGCGCCGGAAGCGCUACCACCGCCACACCCCGCGCCAGAUUCAGACGCUCGAGGCGAUGUUCAAGGAGUGUCCCCAUCCCGAUGAGAACCAGCGCGCGCAGCUCAGCCGGGAGCUCGGCCUGGAGGCCCGGCAGAUCAAGUUCUGGUUCCAGAACCGCCGCACCCAGAUGAAGGCGCAGCACGAGCGGGCGGACAACUGCUUCCUCCGCGCGGAGAACGACAAGAUCCGGUGCGAGAACAUCGCCAUGCGGGAGGCGCUCAAGAACGUCAUCUGCCCCACCUGCGGCGGCCCGCCCGUCGCCGAGGACUACUUCGACGAGCAGAAGCUGCGCAUGGAGAACGCGCGCCUCAAGGAGGAGCUCGACCGCGUCGCCAGCCUCACCUCCAAGUUCCUCGGCCGCCCCUACACGCAGAUGCCGCAGGGCAUGCCGCAGAUGAGCGCCUCCUCGCUGGACCUCUCCAUGGGCGGGGGGCACCACCACCAUCACCAUGGGCUCGGCCUCGGCGGGCCGAAUCUGGACCUCGACCUCCUCAGCGGGGCGGCAUCCUCGUCGGACAUGCCGCAGUUCCACCUGCCACCGCCCGUGACUGAAAUGGAGCGCCCGGCUAUGGCCGGCAUGGCCACGCGCGCCAUGGACGAGGUGAUCCGCCUCGCGCAGGCCGGUGACCACGUCUGGGUCAAGAUCCCAGGCGGCGACGGCCGGGAGAUCCUCAACGUGGAGACCUACGACAACAUCUUCUCCAAGCCCGGAAGCUCCUUCCGCGCCGCCGACCUCCGCGUCGAGGGCUCCCGGGAUUCGGCGCUCGUGUGCAUGACCACCGCCGCCCUCGUCGAAGUCUUCAUGGACACGAGCAAUUGGAUUGAGUUCUUCCCGAGCAUCGUGUGCAACGCGCGCACCGUUGACGUCCUGGUGAAUGGCGUCAAUGGGCGGAGCGAGUCUCUCAUCCUGAUGUACGAGGAGCUGCACAUCAUGACGCCGGUGCUGCCGACCCGCGAGCUCAGCUUCCUCCGCUACUGCCGGCAGAUCGACCAGGGCCUGUGGGCCAUCGCCGACGUCUCCGCCGACAUGCAGCGCGACGUCCACUUCGGCGCGCCGCCGCGCUCCCGCCGGCUCCCGUCGGGCUGCCUCAUCGCCGACAUGGCCAAUGGCUACUCCAAGGUGACCUGGGUCGAACACAUGGAGAUAGAGGACAAGGUGUCGAUCGGCCCCCUGUUCCGUGACAUCGUGCAGACAGGCGCCGCGUUCGGCGCGCAGCGGUGGCUCGGCUCGCUGCAGCGCGCGUGCGAGCGCUGCGCUUCCCUCUCGUCCCUCGGCGGGAUGCACGCCGACAUUGCCGGAGUGACGGCUGAAGGUCGACGGAGCAUGAUGAAGCUGUCGCAGCGCAUGGUGGGCAGCUUCUGCGCGAGCAUGACGGCGUCGCAGCACCACCAGUGGACGCACAUGUCCGGUACCGCCGGCAACGACGUGUGCGUGCGCGUGUCCAUGCACCGCAACGGCGACCCGGGACAGCCCAACGGCGUGGUGCUGAGCGCUGCCACCUCCGUGUGGCUCCCCGUCGCCAGCGACCACGUCUUCGCCUUCGUCCGCGACGAGAGCACGCGCAGCCAGUGGGACGUCCUGACGCACGGCAAUCAGGUCCAGGAGGUGUCGCGCAUCCCCAACGGCGCCAACCCCGGGAACUGCAUCUCAUUGCUGCGGGGCCUGCAGUCGAGCCAGAACAGCAUGCUGGUGGUGCAGGAGAGCUGCACGGACGCGUCGGGCUCGCUGGUGGUGUACUCGCCCAUCGACAUCCCGGCGGCGAACGUGGUGAUGAGCGGCGAGGACCCGUCGGGCAUCCCGCUGCUGCCGUCGGGGUUCACCAUCUGGCCCGACGGCCGCUCGGGCGCCGGCGGCGGGGCGUCCACCAGCGCCGGCGGCCAGGUCGCCGGGUCCGUGGUCACGGUGGCGUUCCAGAUCCUGGUGAGCAGCCUGCCGUCGUCCAAGCUCAACGCCGAGUCCAUCGCCACCGUCAGCGAGCUCAUCAACAACACCGUGCGGAACCUCAGGAACGCGCUCAACUGCGGCUGAGCUAAGCUCGUGCGCUCGGUUGGUAGUAGCUCACCCGUCCAUCCAUCCAUCCAAUCUUGCAUGAGAGCUAGAGUGGCUAAUCGGAGUAGUCUGCUUCCGAGGGAGACGGGAGAUGAGUUCGUUGGCGCGUUGAAUGCUCGCAUUCAUGGACUCCACCUGCUGCUGCUGCUGCAUCUCUAGCUCUAUGCAUGUCAUCCAUCCAUCCAGCCGUCCACCCAUUGCAUCCAUCAUCUCCACCACAACAAACAUCUCUUACAUGCAUGCUUAGGAUUCGUUCGUUCAUCUUUGAAUUUUUUUUUUUUUUUGCUUUAGAAGAUAAUUUACAGGAUUUUGCUUAAAUUAGGCAUUUUUCGUUCAUGCAUUGCAUGCAUAUGCGUCGUUCAACGUUCAUGGUGGUGAUAUCAUCAUGGAGACCAAGAAGACGCCUUUGAUUGGAUUUGAUGGCGAGGGAGUCAAGAACGCACCAAUGCGCUUGUCCCUUUCCCCAGCGUGGUAGUGUGUGUUGCAGGGGCUGGGGGACGGGGAUGAAAUGCAUGGUUCGGGUAUUGACUUCUCUCCAUCAAUGUAAAGCUUUGAAUGAACAUUCAUUUCGGUUAUAAAUGGAAAGGAAAGAGAUCUGGUAAAGCUGGA